AUGGCAUCCUCUACAAAGGUUCAGUCUCUACCUCAUUUGGAGGAGGGCGAAGUGUCUCUGUUGGAAUUGGCAGCCGACGAUGCGCGUGAUGUUGCGCCGUUGUCCGACAAGGAGGCUAUGAUCCUGCAGCUGUACCAUCGGGCUCAGGAACAAAAGCUGGAAAAGGCGCUUCUACAGCAGGAGACCGAAAACGUCUCCGGCGAGAAUGUUGAAGAGCAACUCGCGAUCGCGGAACAAGAACUACUCGAGGCCCGAGCGACAUAUACCGUCAGGAGGAAAGCAGUGGCAACAGUUCUUAUGACCGAACCAAGUCUGAAAGCAGUUCAUCUGAAAGCCACAUCGCCAGCUGAACGGGAUCUUCUCCGUCUUAUCAAUCGCCGCGACGUCCUGUCGCUCGCACACGAAAACCUCCAUGCUGCACAUAAUGCGAUACUACGGCAACUGUCGAACCUGGAGAUGGAGAAUCGCGAGAUCCACGACAGAAACCGGGAACUGGUGCGUCAGCUGUUGGAACUGACCGGUCAGGAUGGUUCGUGGAGGGAUCAACUGGAAGAUCGGGAUCUCCGGGCGCAACUCGACGCGCUAGAUGCGGAGCAGCAGAAGUGCCAAGCGCGUUGGGAAGUCAUGAAGAACAUUGCUAGCGCCAUUGUGGUUGGCAGUGGCGUGAACUGGGCAGAUGAUGACAAGCUCAGUGCACUUGUGCUUGAUGAAUCCGAUGAUUGA